CCAAAUUGUGAUAUCCGCCGAGAUUCCGCUAGUGAUGGACGAACGGAUGUAAUUUAGUACAGGAGAAGGACAGGGACGUGUUCGUAGUGUUUAGUGUUUAUUUAACACCGUGUUCGUAGUGUUUAGUGUUUAUUUAACACCGUGUUCGUAGUGUUUAGUGUUUAUUUAACACCGUCUCCGUAAAGAUUUAGUCGUGUUUCUUAGGAAAAUGGCAGUAAAAAUAUAACACUAACCCAAACACUAACCCUAACACUAACCCAAACACUAACACUAACCCUAACACUAACCCAAACACUAACCCAAACACUAACACUAACACUAACACUAACCCUAACACUAACCCAAACACUAACCCAAACCGAAGUGAAACGAAGCACCAACAACAGGCUAGACAUAAGCAAUGUUCGGUUGUCACUGAGGCGAGACCGUAAUAUCUAAAUAUCUUUAUUAUUGAUCAUAUUUGUGUUGUAAUGUCCAAGUUAAAGCAGCUGAACAGCUUGUGAGCUCUGACAUGCUGUCAUUAACAUCUGUGAUUGGAAUAGACGGCACAGGAUGAACUGAGACUAAAUCAACAGCCCCAAAUCACUUCUUUAGAAGGACUUCAGCAGAGACAAAGAUGCUUCACAGUGCUUACUAAAGAUGUUCUCAUGGCCCAGUUUUGCAGGCUCAAUAUCUCUUCAGCUUCCCCUCAGUAUUUCCUUUUACCAGAUGAUGACUAGCUAUUCUUGUUGCUGGGAGCAUUACCACAGCUGCACAUAUUGCCCUGCUCUGCUUUAUACUGCCUGUGGUCUGCAUCCGUUAGAGUGUUCAUGCCCCCCAGAGCAGGGGGAAGAUUGCAUAUAAAAAAAAAUCAAUAGGCUAUCCCAUGACUAGUGUGUGUUUAUUCAAACCAUAGCUAUGCCUUAAACAUAAUCCUCAGUUCUGUCUCCUUUAUUAGAUUACUUCCGUACAUACAUUGAGCCUUUUAAUUAAUUAUGCAGAUCACUUUCUGCCAGGCCCUGCUAACUGGAGCCAUUGUGUUGAAUUUGGUGAUCCUAUAUUUUAUAUCCCAAGCCCAGCAACAGAUGAUGAGGAAACGACAUGUGCAGGGGAAAGGCUUAAAAAAUGCCUUUCACUCAGUGUCGAGCCUGGGAGAUUCAGGGAUCAUCAUGUCAAGGGGAAUGACAGGGGACAAAAAAGCAGGAGUUAUAGAGAGUAGUAUGCAAAAUUUUCAUAUGACUGUUAUACUACGUGAGUUUGAAGACUUUGAGAAUUAUGUAGGAGAUGUGGCCCAGUCCUUCCUGCACCACGUACCAGAUCUACAAUUUCUGGUAGUAGCAGACAGACUGCCUUACCCUCCUCUGACACUGCCUGAGAAUGUCCAUUUAUUGCUACUGUCCCCAAGCCCAGAAAAGCUUCCUCAAGCACAUCGUCCAGAAAGCCACGUACAAUCCGAGUUUGUGCUGCUUGUGCCCGAUGGUGUUGAAUUACAGCAUCGGCAGCAACUUAAGAGGCUUGUCCAAGAGUUGAAGGCUGAGGGAGAUGGUCCUGUGCGUCUGGUCGCAGCUCCAGUGCUGACCCGUGCUGCUGUGCAGUGCCUGCACUUGCAAGUGAACCUCAAGGAAUGGACAGUUACAUAUUCUUUUGUGGCAUCUGGUAGCGGUGACAGUAUGUGCACUGCUUUGUAUGGUGAUGCCAUAGUUCUUCUUCGUACUAAGGAUCUUUUCAACCUAUCAGUCCCACUUGCACAUCCCUUGAUGUCUGCACUAUUUAUUCAGACUGCGCUUAGAGGCUGGAAGGUUAAGCUUCUGGACGGACCUUCAUUUACUGCAAGCCACAGGCCACUCUUUAGUUCUGCGCACAACCAGUGGAAGGCAGACUAUCAUCUCAAGGAGGUUACCAACCAACUAAUGAGAAGCUUUGGCCUUAAGCGCUUGGUAUGGCCUGAUGGAAGGGACCAGUGGUUUGGCUGCAGCAAGGAGACAUCACGAUGCUUUGGCACAGUGCAUGAUGACACACCAGAGUACCUGUAUUUGGAGCGAUGGACUCCACCUUGCUGCUUGCGUGCCCUGCGGGAAACUACAAAGCACGUCAUCAGUAUCCUGGAACAUUCUGGUGUGCGCUACUGGUUGGAAGGGGGUAGUCUGUUAGGAGCAGCCAGACAUCAAGACAUUAUACCUUGGGACUAUGAUGUUGAUUUGGGUAUCUACCUGGAGGAUGUGCCCAAUUGUGAAUACCUUAAGAACCUAGAUUCAGGGUCACUGGUGGAUGCCACUGGUUAUGUGUGGGAGCGAGCAGUAGAGGGUGACUUCUACCGCAUUCAGUACAGUGAGACCAACCAUCUGCAUGUGGAUCUAUGGCCUUUCUACUCUCGCAAUGGAGUCAUGACCAAGGACACGUGGACUGGCCACAAACAGGAUGUUGAGUUUCCUGAGCACUUCCUGCAGCCACUGGUCCCCAUGCCAUUUGCUGGCAUCACAGCUUAUGGACCAAACAACCAUCGUGCCUUCCUGGAGCUCAAGUUUGGGGAAGGAGUAAUUGAGAACCCUCAGUAUCCUAAUCCUAACAAGAAAAGACUGAUUAGUUAAUCAGAGGUGAUUGUAAGGUCAUAUGCAAUCCCCUCCAAAUGAAGUCAAACUUUUUUUUGCUUUACACUGAAGACAUUUGGGUUUGAGAAGAGAAAAGGAAAAUAAUUUAGUGGAUAAGAAUUUCUGGCUUCAUUUCCUGCUAUUUACACCUAUAUGUGCUAGACAAGCUAGAGCAUGGCCUAACCGGUGGCAGGUCACCCAAUAUUAAGGUGAGCAAAAAUAACUUGUUUGAAAUAACUACAUCUAGCAGGUGACCCGCUUGCAUUUUUCUUAUGUGAUCCUUUUCCUGCUGUCACAUUGUUCAGUUGUUUGUUUCAGGAAGUGGAAUGUAUGAUUAUUUGAGUUAAUGUCGUCUGAUUGACUUUUCAAUCAUUGGCUAAUCUAAAAUCUUCAAUAUUUGUCCCUGAUGCAGUCCUUUGAAGUGUGUUUUGGGUCAUUAUCUUGCUGCAUGAUGAAGUUACUCCUGAUUAGAUUGGACACAUUUCAAUGUUUCUGUAGACUUCUGAAUUCAUCCUAAUGCUACCAUCAUGAAUAAAGACCCAUCAUCAAUAAAUAAAGUUCCUUUAUCGAUAAAAAA